UACAAUUAAUUGUAGUUUCUGUUGUGUUGCGGAACUUGCGAAAUGGUAUAUGAAACCAUGUCUAAAAAAAGAGUGAAAUCUUUUUGUCUGAAAGUUUAACUCAUUAAAAUGGCAUCGGAGUUGACAGACACAGGGGAAUUGUAUUCUCCGUUGGUGGGUUUGGUGUACAUCUUUAAUCUUAUCGUUGGCACUGGUGCUUUGGCUUUACCAAAGGCCUUUGGAGAAGGUGGAUGGGUUAUCAGUACUUUAGUAAUAGUGAUGCUAGCCUUUAUGAGUUUUCUGACUGUGACCUUUGUGGUUGAAGUAAUGGCAGCGUCCAAUGCCUUGAUUCGAUACCGAAGGAAAGAGAAAAAGAAAGAGCUUGAAGACUCUACUUCCAAUUCAAGCGACGAUGUGGAGGAUUUGAUGCGAGAUUCAGAUAACGAGGCCAAGCAGAGACUAUUAAAGGACCAGGACACAUUAGUCAAGUAUUCCAAUGUUAACGCUGGACGUAUAUGCCGAUCUCAUACAGAUUUCUUUGAAAUCACAGAGCGAGUUGAAAUGGGUCAAAUGGUGUCACUCUUCUUCAAUAAAGUUGGUAAAGUUGUAUUUUACAUUUGCCUGGUGGUGUAUUUGUAUGGCGAUCUGGCCAUCUACGCCGUUGCCGUACCAAAAUCACUGAUGAAUGUUACCUGUAACAUCAAUGGUGAUGAUGAUAAGGCGGAAUGCUGGAAGGGGCAUACCAUCAGUAAAAUCAAUGUUUAUAGAAUAUAUCUUACACUGUUUACACUCAUUCUAGGGCCGUUUGUGUUCUUCAACGUGCAAAAAACAAAAUACUUACAGUAUUUUACAACUGUUAUGCGCUGGUUUGCAUUCUGUACAAUGAUCAUUGCAGCAUUGGUUGCCAUCGCAAAUGGGAAAGGAGAAGGCCACCCAAGCAAAUUCAGUAGCAUUACAAACGUUGCGAACCUUUUUGGCGUUUCUAUCUACUCGUUCAUGUGCCACCACUCACUACCGUCACUCGUCUCACCGAUACGGAACAAGACUAAACUCACAAAACUGUUCGCAUUUGAUUAUAUUCUUAUUCUCUCGUUCUACGUAUUCUUAUGUAUGACUGCGAUUUUUUGCUUUGCAACGAUUGAAGACCUCUACACGUUGAACUUCUCGGAUAAUACGGUGAUGCCGAUUAAAUUCUUUCAGUACUUCUUAGGUUUGUUCCCUGUGUUCACACUGAGUGCAAGUUUCCCAAUUAUAGCCAUCACUCUCCGUAAUAAUCUUCAGACGUUAUUCUCGCGGACUGGCCAACCACGUCCCUGGAUGAUCAAUCGCAUUGGAUUCCCGUUACUGACGAUCAUACCGCCAAUUAUUGUUGCAUUUGUGACGAUGAACGUAGAGUUCCUCGUCAGCUUUACCGGAUCUUACGCUGGUGCAACAAUUCAAUAUGUAUUUCCAUCGCUACUUGUGUACUACUGCAGGAAAAAGACAAAUCGAUAUCUAGGGGAGCAGAAUUAUCACAAGCAUACUUCACCAUUUAAAAGCACACUGUGGAUCGUAUUUGUUAACAUAUGGACUGUUAUCUGUAUUGUUUUAGUCACCUAUUAUCAUAUUAGUAGAAAACAGUAACAAUUUUUGAAGAAUCAAACAUAGUUUAUAUUAAUUAUCAUUGUUUAUAUUGUCACCAGAAUAAAUGAUUAUGUUUUAAAAAUUAGCCGAUAAUAUAUACGGAUAUUAAAAGCAAUGUAACUUAAUAUUUUUAAUACUUCUUUAUUUGUCUUUCAACUUGAACUUGAAAAUUUGGGCUGGAGACCCACGGCAGCUGCAGCGCAGCGCCACCCAACUUAACUAUAACAUGUAACGAAAACGUAUGGAUAAAAACAUCUUCAGUAUCAAUAUGAGGGUUAUUCAAGAAGCAAAGUGAUCAGGUUCCAAUUAAAACCUGACGCUGAUCGGGUUUCAACCAAGUCUUUAGCACAAACAGGAACAAUACCUCUCAGCCAACCACUGACAUAUAAUAUGUUACGUUACACGUUUGAGAAAUGACAAUUCUCGAUUAGCUGGUACCGCAGCAUAAUAAUGAUGUUUAAAAAAUAUGCCAAGUACCGACAAACAUUAAAAUGGGCCUACUGUAGGCAUGUCUAGUCUAGAAGUUCUUGCAAUAAAUUAUAUCAAACCUAGUGUUGUAUCUUAUAUUAUAUUUUCUGUUAUAUUAAGUGAAGAUUUAUAUAGCAUGGUGGUAUUUGUACCGCCUUGCAUGCCUAGAUACACUUGGAGACUUUCAUUUCUUUUCCCAUUACAAAAUGCUAUUUCUGCUAAUUUGUAAAUGUGGCCACAUCAAAUAAAUAUUGAAAUGAUGCACAGGCAAUAAUGCAAGCAUGUAGCAACAGGCAUUAAUUGCUUAGGAACAAUCAAAUUAAUUAAGAAAGCAGGAAUUAUAUAAGAAUAAGAUAACAAAGAUGUCACGAUUGACAUAUUAUAGUAAAGAAUAACAGCUGUAGAUAAAGAAUGACACAGUAGUUCAUUUUUUCUUAUGUUCCCAAUAUUUUAUUGGUUUAAAAUCAACUAAAAUUUAGAUUGUCCAGGACCCACAAUGUAGCCAAAUAUUAGUGGUCCUAAUAAGGAAAUCCAUGAUGAUAGAAAUAAUACACCUAAUACUUGUUCCAGCAUAACAUUAAUCUACCUGAAAAUUUUUUAUUUUUUAUAAUGCAAUUGAAACAUAGACACAUAUUAUAUUAUUUGUUUUAUACUUUGGUAGGCAUUUUGUACAGGGACGUGUUCCCCGUGCCUACUUUAUGUGGACAAAGAUAAAAUUA